GUCGGGCGUGUAAACAGAGGAUUCACACAAAGCUGUCAUCACUAUCUGCAAGGGGAGCAUGAAGCAGGAGAGGCCAGCCACUGAGCAUCUACAAGGGGACAAUUUGAGGAGGCCCUGAGAGAUGAGGACCCUGCAGUCACUGAGCUUAAGUGACCUGUCCAAGGUUACACAGGUGGUGGAAUGCCUGCUGGACAGAAUGAACAUCCUGGCCAUGAGCACCUUCUUCCCUGGGGAAACUGUGGUGGUCUUCUCGGGCAGCCAGAGCAGAAGGCCAAGGAGGACACCGAGAGGGAGCUUGUGGACACGCCUUCCUCUCCAGGAGCAGGGACAGAGGAUCACCUGCAAAGGCUUCUGACUCCACCCAGGCCACUGUCCCCAGUAGCCAUUCACUCAGUGAGUGUGAUCCAGGAACAAGAGCCCACGGAGGCCGAACCCGAGGCUGCUCCACCAUCUGAGGAACUAGAGCCAGCUCCAAGUUCUUCAGAGGCUCUAGAGGGAGGCGUGGUGCCUGCAGUGACUUCAGCAGGAGACCAGGAGCCAGCGGGUGACCUGGCACCUGCCUACGGAGAGCCUGGAGCCGUCCAGGAGGAGCCUGAGGGAGAACCUGCCCACGGAGAGCCUGCGCCUGAGCCCAGUACUGCUCCUGCCCCCACUCCUGCUCCUGCAGGGCUCCCAGAGCCGCAUCCAGAGCCCACAGCCCUGCAGGGAGGGCUCCUUGUGCAAUCAGCCUUAGUUCCUUCACCGGAACCCGAAGUCCCACCAGAGUGUUUCAUCCUCUCCCCAUAUAGAAUCAGGAAGCCCCUUCCUGAGAUCCCCCUGCUCCUGCCACCCUGCUCCUGGAAACAUUCAGAAUUGUUGGAGGAGGAGGUAGAAAGGAUCCGGGAUGACAGCAGGUCCGAGGAGAAGGAUGGAAUCAGGAAGCCCCUUCCUGAGAUCCCCCUGCUCCUGCCACCCUGCUCCUGGAAACAUUCAGAAUUGUUGGAGGAGGAGGUAGAAAGGAUCCGGGAUGACAGCAGGUCCGAGGAGAAGGAUGUGGGCUGCAUCUUCCUGUGCUGGGUCUCCUCUGAGCAAUCUGUGAGGCCGGACUAUGCCCAUGUCACGGGCACUGAAGUGUGA